AGGUGCCAUUUUGUUGCAAAUACAGACUGAGUGAGAGAAGGGACAGGCGACUCAUUUCACUGUACGAAGUUCGCGGGUUGCAAACUUGUUUACACAUCGUAUAUCUUUUAUACAUCCUGAGAUACGGUCGUUUCUUUAUACCUGCGUUUGAAGGGGGGUUUUCCACCAUCUAAGCCAGAAGAAGUCGAUCCACGGCUUCUCUUGGAGCACCGUGCGCCGAGGUGAAUUGAUGUUCGGCUCGGCUUCACGGCAAAACUGCUCUUACUUUUGGCACAUGAAAACCCCAAAACUUGCUGGACUUAAACGAACAGAGAGAAGUGGACCAACGCCUACUUCGAGGACCUGGAGCCCGAUCGGAGAGGAGAAAUUAAGAGUGGAAGAAGUCCGUACACGCUACUUUUUAACAACAAAGAGGUGACAUCCAGUUUGAGGCGAGUAUGGGAGGUGGCGAGAGGUACAACAUUCCAGUGUCGCACCCGGAGCGCGGCGUGUGCAAGAAGGGUCAGCACCACGGAGGCGGGGUCAGGCAGCGCGGCCGCGACCACAGCGGGCCGAUGGCGGUGCGGGGGGGCGCGGGGGCCAACCCCCACCCCCACCGCAAGGGCGAGAAGGGCAGCAAGGGCGUGGGCUGCCCCUGGGCUCCGGAGGCGCGGCAGGCCGCGCCCGCGGAGAAGAGCGUCGUCCGCUUCGCCACCGUCGCCGCGGCGUACAACCAGAGCUGGGACCAGGCCGUGUCUCACCUGAACACCCUGCUGGCGUCCCAGUGCGGCGGCCAGGCCUACGCCGGCGCCAAGUUCAGCGAGCCCCCCUCCCCCAGCCUGCUCCCCCGACCCCCCAGCCACUGGGUGUCCCUCCCCCUGCCCACCACCAGCUGCGACCACCGGGAGGCCAUGGCCUUCCAGCUCAAGAGCCUCCUGAAGGUCCAGGCCUGAUGUGUGCAUUUUCACCUAACCUUUAACUGAAAGCCAAUGAAUGGACUAGACCUUCCCCCCUCCUCCCCCACCGGGAGUGGCUUGCCUGGCAGCAACAUGGCAGUGCUGUAAUACGGAUUUGAUCUUAAUUUUUUUUUUAAAAACCCUAAUAAUUUUAAAGUCUUAGAGUGGAGAGGAUGGAAGAGGGGCUCAUGGUGGAGCUGUGUCUUCAGUGUGUGCCUCGCGUGCAUCUGUCUCCUGUUUUAUUUUAAACUGCCUGUGUGCUAUCGCGUUAUUACAGCACUGUAGCCUUGCUGGAAGGGAAAUCCUGUCGAGGGGUUGGUUGUUUCUGUGAUCGAUUGAUGAACUGGAUUUCAAUGUGUUUUGCUCUUUUUCUGUGUUUUUUUUUUUUCUUCUUUUCCCCCCUUUUUUUUGGCCGUUUGCGAACCUUAUGCAUUUUCUGCCUAAUCAGGUUUGGUUUGGGGUUGGGGAGUGCUGGGGUUUGGUUUUCUGAAUGGUUCUAUCCCUUUAGUGUCCACGGCAACUGCUUGUGGACUGUGCAGCUUCACACUCUUGAAAACUGGGAAGCUGGGAGUUAGUCUCCUUGCAAAAGCACAGUGACUUCGGUGUUUUUGUCUUGAACAGGGCUCAAAAUGUAGAUGAUUAUUGUAUUUUGCUUUUGACUUCGCAGGGAAAGCGAAGCUGUUUGACAAUGCUAACCGAAUGUGGAUGAGCUAGCUGUAGUGAGCACAGGUUACACUUUAAUCCUCAAAUUUUUGUCUGAGAUCAGACGAGCCGCGGCCCAUGGACCUCGUACCUCCAACUCUUGUAAAAUAAAAAAAAAUAAAAAAGAGAAUUUUUUUUCCAAACUGCGCUGUGCGCACUGCACUAUGGGAGUUUAGCACGUACCAGGUCCAUAAGCUUUUCUGUAGGAGCACGUUCAAAAGUCCAUUUUCAUUCAGGUUGUUGUGAUCAGAGUUGUAUGCAUUAGUAAGCGUGUUUACCAAAGCUUUUUUUUUUUGUUUUUUUAAUUCUUGUGUGGGUUUUUUUUUUUUUUUUUUUUCUUUAAAAAGAUUUAUUGUUUUGUUUUGGGCCAUCAGACUCGGCAAGAAGUGCCAUAGGAGCCGUGUCGGUGGAGCGCUGUGGUGAAUCCAGUCCUUUGUGACGCAUCAUGUCGAACGCACACAAUCGUAUCUGUGCUAGCGCUCGGUUUCUCUCGCCCCCUCACACCCUUUUCCUCUCUCUCUCUGUCUCUCUCUCGUUCUCCGAAAAACAAAAAGGCCAGGCAGCGGGCGACGCGGAAGAGGGCUGCGUACGUGCCUCACGUGGGGGGGCAGAGGGCCCUGAUAUUUUUAAUCUUCGCCCUCUGUCCCAGCAGGGGGGCGGGUGGAUGUAGCCCUGCUCGCUGUCUGGUCAUUUUCGGGAAAGGAGGGGGAUAGGGAGGGGGAGGGGGAGUGGGAGGGGGGGCGGAGUCCGGAGCUGCACAACUUUAAACAAAGGACUUGACGUUGGGCGUGAGCCCAUAGCUGACUUGUUUACAUAUUUUUAAAAAAAGGCACCUAUCACAAGGUUGGCCUGCCAACACGCUCUUGUUACUGCCUUCGAGCACCUGUCUCCCUUGCACUGCUGUUGGGAUUUAUGAUUGAUAACCUCGCCUACAGGCUGCCCUGCCCCCCCCCCCCCCCCCCCUCCUUGGUUCAACAAGUUGCGCAAUCAUUUUCCACUCCCGACUGACCUAGUUCUGAGCCUUGCACAGUGGGGACGAGUGGGAGGCGCUCUCGCUCUCUCUCUCUCCCUCUGUGAAAAUCCUAAGCAAUUGUGGCCGUGUUUAUUUUUAAAGAAAGAAGGAUGAAAAAAAAAAAACAACUGAAGAGAAAAAUGCAAGCCUGUUUAAGGAAAAAGAGUAAAGAGCCAUGUAAAUAAUGAAUUGUAAAACUUGUAGCAUAUGUAUAUUUUGCAGGGCUGUUUUAAACCUGCAUCGAUAAAGUAUUUUUAGUAAGAACACUGAAUGUAAAAGCCAUGCUGAGGACGUGGCUUGAUUUCAAAUGCUGAAGAUUAUUUUUGUUAAGAAAAAAAAGAAAAAAGAUUGCGAAAGUGUCUCAAAAUGCCAUGCACUGUGUAAUGGUACCAGUGAUCUUGCACAUAAUGUUUUUUUUUAUUGUUUUGAGACAUGUUUUGUAUCGCGUCCAGCGUGACGCGCCCUUUAAGAACUUGUUAACGGAAAACGAAAUCGGAUUUUGAAAAGGGAUUUUUGCAUGUACAAACAGUGUUGAAAUGUCUUUUAGCCGUUUCCUUUUAUGAAUUGCACAUCCUUUAGUUGCCUCCACAGUUUAAAACAGUUGGAAAGUGGUUGUUUUCUGCCUUGCUAGUUUUGAAAGGUUUAUUGUAAUUAUUCAAUGAGUAACCGCUUACGCCAAAAACUUUUUUCAAAGAUGGGCUGUACUUCCGCCAGCCCAUAAAUGGAAUUGGUUUUUGGUGUGUUUUUUUUUUUUUUUUUUUUUUUUUUGCUACAACUGUCAUGUUAUAGUUUUUCCACAUCUGUUCAGUUAUGCCUUUUGUUGUUCAGGUUAAGUGUUUGAUCUAUCAUUUGGAUAUUGUUUCUGACGACUGUUUGUACAUGUAAAAGUAGUCCUUUUCCCAAAUUUGAAACUCCCUUGAGUUUCCCUUCUAAUUGGCUGCCAAUUUGUCCCCCUUUUAUCUUUUGUCACUAUGAAUACGCUGAUAAUGUGCCCAUGAAAAAAGAAAUUGCCAUUUGGAAAAAAAAAAGAAAAGAAAAUAAUUUUAACCUCAAAGCACUAAUUUUAAUUGGCUGUUAAAAAUAAUAAACUUCCCUUUCCUUUCCCCCCAAA